GGGGACGCACGGAGGGUUGCAGCGGACACCCAUGGCGCGAAGUCCGGGCUCGUGUCGCUGUGAUGGUGGCAGCGCUGCUCUGUUACCACAUCAGCGCGGCCUGGAGGGGACCCGCGGGGGGCCCGGCAUUGUCCGUCUGUCCCCUGUCCCGCUGUCUGUCCAUCGCAGCGUUCUGGAACCGCUGGCGGCCGCGUGGCCGAGCUCCAAACGGCGUCGAGGCCUUCCCUGCCGUGUGUGGGCGGCAGUCACGGCUGCCCAGGCCGCCCCUGGCCGGUUGCCGCCGGCUCGUCUUUCCGUCCCUCAAGGACAGCUUUAAUUACCCCCGGAGUCUCCCCGCCGCCGGAUCCGGUUCCCAUCAAUGAUUCAUGGCCCGCUGUGGGAAGGGGUUCCUCGGCCGCCGGGUUGGGACCGGGGGGAUUUUCCGACCUUUGCGGCGUUCCGUCGGCGGUUGGGGGUGCGCGGGGUGUCCCCGUGGGGGACGAACGCCGCUGCCUGCAGAGCCCGGAGGUCCCCAUGGGUGUCCUGAGCUGCAUGAAGUACCUGAUGUUCAUCUUCAACGUGCUGGUGUUUGCCGGGGGGAUCUGCCUGGUGAGCGUGGGGGUCUGGGUGGCUGUGGACCCGGCUGGUUUCCAGGACAUCGUGGCUGCCAAGCCUGUGCUGAGUGUGGGUGCCUACCUGCUGCUGGCUGUGGGCAUCGCCCUCUCGCUGCUGGGCUUCCUGGGGUGCUGUGGGGCGCUGCGCCGGAGCCGGCCACUGCUGCUGGUGUUCUUCAUCCUUGUGAGCCUCGUCUUUGUCACACAGCUCGUUGGGGCUGUGCUCUUCCUGGCGCACUGGAGGCAGAUCCGGCCAGAGCUCUUCCUGUCAGAGCUGCGAAGGAACUACUGUGGGGAUGAGGGUGCUGAGGUUUUCUCCGUGGCUUGGAAUACCCUCAUGGUGACGUUCUCCUGUUGUGGCGUUUUAGGGCCUGAAGACUUCGGGAAUGGCUCCCGCUUCCAGGAGCUGCACCCAGGGACGCCCUGGCCGCAGGCGUGCUGUGCCCGGGAUGGGCUCCUGCAGGCAGGCGAGCUGCUGGGCUGGGAGCAGUGCCAGGAGAGGAGCCCUGGCUACAUCCAUGAGCAGGGCUGCUUCCCCACCUUCAGCAAGACCUUGCAGAAGUACAUCUCUGUCCCCGGGAUGUGCAGCUUGGCCGUGCUGGGCAUUGAGACCUUCGCUAUGUUCUUCGCCUUUUGCCUUUACUACAACUUUGACUGAGCAGGAUGCUGGGAGCAGCUCUCCAGGCCACGGGCAUUGCAGCAGAGAUGAGCCAAAUGCAUUGGAAACAGCAGCAGGCAAGGAUACUGUUUUCUUGCAUAUCCCAGCCCAGCUGUACAGAUGAGUAGCCUCAUUGAGUCCUGUGUCUGCUCCAGUGGAUGGGUAAGGAUGAGGUGGCUCACUUAUCCUGGAGCAGGGACAGGGCUCAGGUUCAAACCUUUGCACACAUACACGUGGACAAGGAGGCUGAGCAUCAGACUUGCUCCUGCUGCAAUCUGCCAGGAAAAUAGCUUUGACAACACAGAGUCCUGCCUCUAAAAGCUUCUGAUCUGCUCUACCACCAGGGUCAGGAUGUCUGCAUCCUCCAUCCUCCCCUCAGCUCUGUUCCACCACUCCUCACACCCCCCCCUCUCCUACACCUCUGGGCCCUUUUUGUCCUUUCUCAGCCCUUCCCUCUCUGCUGGCCUUUUUCUCUGUGCAGCUCCUGGAGAUGCAACCUAGCUGUGUUAAAUGGUGUAAUCUGCAACUGGAAUGUAAGAGCUGGCUCUCUGGCAGCCUUACAAGCCUUUGCUUCAAGAUAUUUUGAAAACCCCAAGCAAACCAGGAAAAAAAAAAGUAAAUUAAAGCUUUAUAUUUUAUUUAUAUAACUUCUCAACAAACAAACAAACCAACUCCUAGGAAACAGAAAUAAUAAAGCCUGCUACUAUUACAUAUUAAGAUAUUUACCAUGUAAAGAAAAAAGGACACAGAGCAGAGCUGACAGCCACAUCAGGAACAAAAGUCACUUAGGGGUCCAGGCGAGAUUUCUUCUCCUCCUUGCCGAUGGUGCUCCCUUUUCUUUUUUGUGUGACAGAUCCAUUGGUGGUUUUUGUUUCAUUCUGGUUUGUUUUCUCCUCCAAAGCCUCCAAAGAAAUAAAAAGUAACAGCUGUGAAUAA